AUGGCUCAGAAUAAUAGUAUUGAAGCUCUCAUUGAUACUUGGGACUAUGCUGAUGGAGACAAUAUGGACGAGUAUCUAAAGGAACUUGGAAUUGGUAUGAUGGGACGUAUGAUGGCUAAGCAAGUAAAACCUCGUUUAAUUAUUACUGAAACAGAUGGUAAAUGGACACUUCGUACAGAGACAACUUUUAAAACGACAGUAGUAGAAUUUACACCAGGUGUUGAAUACAACGAAACAACAGCCGAUGGGCGUGAACUUAAAGGGAUCAUUCAAUUUGAUGAUGGCAAGUGGAUUCAAAAGAUGCAUGAUAAAAAUGGUAAAUUAUCAAUGAUAACACGUUGGAUAGACGAAAAAGAUCAACAACAAAUUAUUUUAGAAUGUGGAACAGCUAAAGUUCAUAGAUUCUACAGACGAGCACAAUAG